GAAGCUGAAGGUCUUGCGCCUCCGCAAUGUUGAGGUGGGUGAAGCAGAGGCCGAGGAGUUCUGCAAGGCACUUGGGCUGAACGACACAAUCACAAAGCUGGAGAUCCAAGCACUCGCACAUGCUCUGAAAUCCAACCGCACAGUCACCCACGUCGACCUCAGUAACAACUGGAUCAGAGACGAGUGCACCAAGGCACUGGCAGAUGCGUUGAAUCUCAAUCCCACUGUCAUCCGCAUCGACCUCGCUGACAACGAGAUCAGAGGCAAGGGCGCCAAGGCCGACGAGGAAGAAGUUGACCUGAGUAGUCUGAAGCUUGCUCCAGAUCUGCGGGAUGCCGUGACAGAGCACAUGCCGAAGUUGCGUGAGCUCUACCAGGCCUUGCCAGCCCGUUUGAGAGAGCCCGAGGAUGAAACUGAUGCGCCCAUGACACUGACGAACUUCCUCAGCAUCGUCCAGCCCAGCCGCUUGCAAAGCUUCCUCAGAGAACUGAACACGGUGAAGAUCGAAGCGUCGGUUCUCCGAGACCUCGACAGCGCGAUGCUCGGCGACCUCAUCCAAAGCCCUGCCCAGUUCCUGCAGAAUCGCGAGGAGGCGGGAGCUUGGUACCUGGCAGCAGUCUGGGCAUUCGCCGCUGCCCGUCGUUCGCCUCUACUUCGCGCCGGGAAGACUACCACGCUUAGGCGGCUGAAGGGUGAGCAGCCACGUGCUGACGAGAUUUCGACGUUCGGUGUCGACAUUUGGGCUGGAGAAGCUGGCACGGAUCUGAAUCCCACAUGGAAGGAAAGCGAGACAUUACUCUAUGACUACACAGCUGAGCAGUUUCUCCACAAGGAUAGGAAACCUAGGCAAGCUCCCGCAAUCAAAAGGGCCAGUUCCAUGAGUUCCAUGAAGACUCCCCAAAAUCGGUCGAUCUCAGACUACUCUGACAAGCACCGCGAGAUGCCACUGGCAUCAGCCCGGCCUAGCAUUCGACGUACCGUGGACAAAGACUAUGCUGUAAAGGGAGAUGGUCAAACCAUGAUGGCAACGAAGAAGGGGGAGCCCUUGGUAGCACGUUCCAUCGGGGACUGGCUCGUGAAGAAAGUUGCAGAUGCUGCCAAAAACUCUUCAGAAGAGGACCCUGCGCUCCAGCUGCGGCUGCAGUGUUGGGACUUGCCUGGGCAAGAGGUGUACGCUCUCUGCAAUCUGCUCUACUUCCAGAAGCGUGGGAUCUAUGUCGUGUUCUGUGACACCAGCCUGGACAUGGAGGCCGGAUGGUUCCCCAGAUUACUCUUGACAUUCCACAGGCUGAGUCAACGGAUGUAG